AGGAGACAGGAGACAGGAGACAGGAGACAGGAGACAGGAGACAGGAGACAGGAGACAGGAGACAGGAGACAGGAGACAGGAGACAGGAGACAGGAGACAGGAGACAGGAGACAGGAGACAGGAGACAGGAGACAGAAGACAGACAGGAGACAGGAGACAGACAGGAGAUAAGAGAUAAGAGACAAGAGACAAGAGGACAAGAGACAAGAGCAGAAAGUCACCACAGCCGCGCGCCAUCAUGGCCGACACCGACGAGGCCCCUUCAUUCCUUCAGGAUGCUCUCGCAGAGACCGUUUAUCGCGAACACACCGAACAUAUCGACAAUCGCGGAAACAGACACACCCACGCACGUUUCCACCAACGGCGAGCCCACGUCCACGAUGCCGCCCAUGUCCACGAACGACAGGCUGGCGCUCAACCAUCAACACCACCAAACAAACCCCUUACGGCAGUCGUCCAGACUGAGUCUGUAGUCCGGCAGGUCGCCGUCGACGGCGCAGGAAAUACAAUCUCCGAAUCUGUUGCUACCUACACGGCAAAUACGGGUAGUGUGGAUGGUGAUGCUCGCGCGACUGCUGCUCCCGCAGUUCCUGUGCCUGUCCCGAGCGACGCCGCCAGCGUCACCUCGCAGCCUGCACCGACAGAGCCUCCGUCUUCAGAUCUCCCCACGGAUGUCCCUACGAAUAUUCCCUCGAGCACUGUCGAACCAGUCCCUCCGGCACCACCGAUUACCUCGUUUCUCGAGACAACUGCUGCGCCCUUACCAACAGACGUACCGUCAUUUUCUUCGCUCACACCAGUGAACGGGACUGUCGCAGCAGGAAAAAGUGCACAUGGGGUUCCUGCAUUCGCAUCUUUACAUAACAAUACAGCAACUUCCCAUACCCUGUCAGCCUUGGCCGCGACCUCGGCGCAGCACAAAAACGGAGGCGGCGUAUAUACAUCUAUAUACACAAACGCCUAUGGCGAUGUUAUUACAACCACAUACCUAUCAUCAGCCGGUGUAACAGGAACAGGGGUGGCAUACGGCGCACCAGGCUCUGGUUCUGGCUCUGGCUCUGGAACCGACUCUGGCACCGGCAGCUCCUCGGGCGACAAAGCCUUGGGCGCUUCGAACGGCGAUUCCAACAACCCUCCCCCGACGCCCGUAGUCAUCGGCUCAGUCGUCGGCAGUCUAGCAGGCGUGACCCUCAUCGCCUUCCUCGUCAUGCUCCUCCUCCGCUGGAAGCGGCGCCAACAAGGCGGCGUCCAGCUCAGCAACGGCCGCGACCUCACCUCUCCCGACAUCCCCUCCAGCGGCGCCGCCGCAACAGGCCCCAUGUCCAUGGUCCGCCGCCCCUCGACCUUCACCGUCCCCGCCGCGCUCGCCGCCCUCACCGGGCAAAACCGCAAGUCCCAAGCCACGCACUCCAGCACGGCAGACAGCCACCGCAGCUUCGUCCGCAUCUCAGGCCGCAAGCUCCCCUCGGUCCUCACCUCGGGGGGUAAUGGCUACGAAGACCCCUUCUCGGACCGUCAGCAGGACCCCUUCGCCGAUCCGCACCUGAGCGAUACUUCCUUCUACCGCGACUCGCGCGGCUUCUACGGCGGGACGGGAUACCCCGCGUCGCCUACCUCGGCUGGGCUGCCGUCGUCGCCGCUGAAUGAUAGGGCGCCGCCGAGGUCACCUGGGGUGGGAUACCAGGCGCAUAUCUCGGCGGACUCGAGGACGGAGCCGCUCAUCAGUAUUAACGCCUCUCCGGCGCUGCCGAUGCCGGAUGCGCUGGGGCGCUCGCACCCGUCGCGAGAUGGGAGCCGCAACUCGAGGUUCACGGAGGAGGUGUAG